AUGUCCGACUACGGCGCAUACGACGACCGUCGUCGCUACCGCGAAACUCGCACUCGACCCCGCGAGCGUGGAGAUCCCGAAUUCGUCCAGGAAACAACAUACAUCGAGCGCGGAAAAGGCCCUCCUCCACGCGACCUGGUGUAUCGCCCUCGUGAAGAGAGCGUCGAAGACAUCGCCAGAGACUUCCCUCUCCCUUCCAGCGAUCGUUACGCUCCUCGUGGAGGAAGAAGAGAAUACGACAACUACCCUCCGCCCCGCCGUGCUCGAAGCCAGGUUGGCCGUAGAGACUAUGACGAUUACGACGAUGACUACGAUGUUCCAGUCGCUGCCGCAGCCGCUGCUGGCGCUGGAUAUGCUGCUGGACGCGCAAAGGAUCGCCGCCGUCACCGCGAUCGUCAUGACCGUGACUACGACUCGGAGGAAUACUCACCUCCUCGUCGUCGUCAUGCUGAACGCCGCAAGUCUGGUGUCGGUGAGAUUCUGGAAGGUCUCGGACUAGGAGGAGUCGCCGCUGCUAUUACAGGACGCUCCCGCAGUCGCAGCAGAUCUAGAGAUCGUGAUUCGCGCCGUGACAGAGACAGAGAUGGCAGAGACAGAGAUGGCAGAGCUAAGUCACGCCACGGUGGUCGCUACGACUCUGAUGAAUACAGCCGUAGCCGCAGCAGAUCUAAGGGACGUACCGAGCGUAAGUGGGCUCAGGCUGCUCAAGCCGCUCUUGUCGCCGGCGCCGUCGAGGCAUUCCGCUCUCGCAAGGACCCUGGACCAUGGACUGGAGAGAAGGGACGCCGCAUCGCCACUGCCGCUAUCGGCGCAGGUGGUAUCGAUGGCCUCGUUGACCGCAAUCCAGACAAGAAGACAAAGCGCCACCUGGUUGAAGCCGUGGUAGGAGGACUUGCAACCACCCGCCUUGCCAACGGUCCUCGCAGUAAGAGCAGAGGUCCCGCUGGUGCCAGGGACGAUCCUUAUGGCCGCUCUCGUAGCCGCUCUCGAUCCAUUUUUGGCGGUCGCGGAAGAAGCCAGUCUCGUGGUCGUGAUGGCCAAGGCGGUGGCGGCGGCGGUGGCGGACUUGAGAAGCUUGCAGCUGGUGGAGCUCUAGCAGCAGCUGGCAAGGCCAUCUACGAUCGUGUACGCUCAAAGUCACGUCGUAGGCGCUCUCCUUCGUCCAGCUCUGCAGACUCGUAUGUCCCUUCCCGCAAUCGCCGUCGCAACAAGGAGCUACGCUCACCUGCUCAAUCAGAUACAGGCAGCCGCGCCGUCGCCCAGCGCGGUCGUGAUCGAAAUGUCGCCCCCGCCGCUGCCGCCAGUGCAGGUGCUGGCGCCCUCGCUGCUUCAACAAACAACCGUGGCGCUCGUAGCCAGAGUUCUUCAAGCAGCAGCACCGAUGUCGAUGCUCGUCGUAAGCGUAUGCGAGGCAAAGAGCUACUCACGGCCGGUCUUGCCACAGUUGCCACUAUUCACGCUGCUCAUGGUGUUUACUCAAGUAUGGAAGCUCACGAGAGGCGUCACAAACUGGUGCAGGAAGGCGAGAUGUCUCCUGCCGAGGCUCGCAAGAAGCAGACGAAGGCAUGGGUUCAGGAUGCAGCAGCUGUAGGUAUCGCUGCUUUGGGUAUCAAGGGCGCUUUCAGCGAAUGGAAGGAAAUGAAUGAGCACAGACGCGAGAUUCACGAACUGGAGAAGAGAAAAGCGCUCAAAGAGAGACGUCACGAGAAACACGAAAGAGAGGCACGCAGAGCACAGGAAGAGCGUCUCUACCAGAUGCUUCCUCUUUUGCAGCAACAGCAACAACCCGUUGCUCCUCAAAUGUAUACGCAGCCCGGCACACAGAUGAUGUAUCCCAGCAACAUCCCUCCUCCACCACCUGGACCACCUCCUGGUGCGAGGUAUUAG